GCACCCUUGGCUUCUAUUUGACACCCUCCUCUUUCCUUCACUCGCCAUUCAUCGCCUCUACCAAAGAGUGGUGCCAAUUGUCCUUGGAGGAAACUAUUUGCAAUGUUUCGUGGCACGCUCAAAUCGGUAGCAGCGACAGGUCAGACCGGUACUACAACAGCAACGCUGCGCUCUAACCCCUCGACCGCUCGACUCUACUCGACUACUACUGCCGCUUCUUCAAUAACAUACUAUCUGUCUUUUACUGGAUCAGCCUCAGGAUCAGGGUUGGGACCAGUGCGCACCACAAGGACCAGUUAUUCAGUUUUUCAUACUACCCCUUGUCGUUCUCGCCUUGUCGGUUACCCGAUAACACCUAUUCGACACAUCUCCACGGAUGCCGCUAGCUCUGCUGUACCAGCAGCCACGGAGAAUUCCGCACUCAAGGCAGCGAAAAAGAGGCAUUCUGUCACUGCCGCUACUUCCAGGACAUUUAAGACCAAAGAACAUCCCUUUGCCGAGAACCGUUCUUCAGAGGCAACAGCACCAUCAGGCACCUCAUCAUUUCGUCCAAGAUACAAUAGCAGGCGACAUGCGACUGGCGACGAUGAUUUUAAGGCCUCCAAGUCACAUUUCUUUCCAAGGAACGGAACAACCACACAACCACCAUCAAGAGCGGACACGCUAAAUGAAUCAGUUGCGGAUACUUUAGAAUUGAAGCUGGAACGCAAAGCAAAGAUCAUACAGAUGAUACACACCAAACAAUCACGCACCGGGGUACCCCACUCUCGAAUCGUACCUGCUACUCCUGUCAAGACACCCGUGCCGCUGAACUCGAGUUUUACGGCCUUUGAUGUGGACAGAUCUGAGCCAGAGGGAAUCAGCGAGAAUAUCCGGAUCCUGUGCGAGGCGCUUGAGGAGGCAGGCGUAAAGCGUGUACGCCAAAGUCCACCAGUUUUUCUAUCAUCGACACCCGAACAGGCCGAGAAGGCCAUGGAGCUAUUCACAGAGUUCAACAAAGAGACCAACAACGGCAACCCGGGACCCAUUGGCUUUGAUACGGAGACAACGACAGACUUCGUGCCAAGGAAGGGCAAGGGCGGUGUGUCGCUUGUCCAGCUCGCGACGGACGAUAUCUGUUUGAUGUUCCAGGUCUACAGGAUUACGAAACGAAACGAACAGCCAGAGCUGUUCCCGCCGCGACUGAAGGCGUUUUUGGAAGAUCCGGAGCAAUUGCUGGUCGGCGUGAGUGCAGCGGGAGAUGCGCAGGCACUGUAUAAGUCAUAUAAAGUCAAUUGUACGGGCGUCGUGAGCCUGGAGGUCAUGGCCAAGCAGAAACGGAUACUUGGACGUUCGCUGGCGGAGCUGGACAGGAUGUUUGGUCGACCCGGUCGAGAGGUGAUCAAGACAAGGGCGUUGUUGGGAUGGAACUGGGAUCAUGAAGUACUAGACCCGAGAUGGGUGUGGUAUGCGGCUAAAGACGCCUUCGCGGGGCGGGCGAUCUAUGUGAACAUGAUGAACGAGAACUACAAAAAGGGCUAUGUCCCGUAUGCGGAGCAGUACCCAAUGACGGAGGGCGAGCAAGCUGCAGACUUGUUCGCGUUUAUUGAACGGGCGUUUGGCGGCAAGGGCAUGACAACGAACACUGGGAUGAUCGAGAAAGUUAUCAAUCAAACAUAUGCUCGCUUCCGCAAGAUCUUCCAGCCUGAGGAGCGGGAAGAACAAACUAGACGCUACCUUGAAAUCCUCCUCAGGGAUGGGCGUCUCUAUCUGCCAGAUGGCCAUGACACCAAGUCUCCAACCUUCUCCUUCUCGAACCUGAGGAGGCUUGAGCCAAUCAUGAUCACUGGACGUACAAUCUCUGGCAUGUUACUCACGCCAGAGGGACUGGACGUCAUCAGCCCGUAUUUCGAGAAUAUCCACAUUGAUCUCAGCACCGUCCCUAAGAAGGGCAUUUCGUUGGUAGAGUUCGACUUCCCAGAGGAAAGUUCGGAUCAGGCCAAGAUGGAUCUGCGCUUGUUUUUGGAGACGGCUUGGUUCUGGGAUCGACCACGGAAGUUCCAGGCGAUGAUCACGCUCUAUGCCGCGGAGAGACAGGCUGCAGAGCGGAAGAGGCUUAAGGAUGGCUCCGCAACCGAUCCCACGGGCGCUGACUCAUCCGCAGCUAAUUCCACUACCGUGGACAACGCAGUCAACGCCCCCGUCACUGAAGAUUCUGCUGUUGCCGCCUCUGUGGAAGGCGCUAGCACGAGUACAGCCGCAAAAGAAGUAUCAUCAUCCGCCGACAAGGACACAAUUGACAGCAACACCAGCAGCGAUGCCAAGGACUCCCAACCUGCCAGCAGCACGAUAUCAUACAGCCUUGGAAUGGGCACCGAUGAGUCUCAACCUGUAAGCAACAGCAACACGGUCUCCUACAGCCUCGGAAUGGACGGCCCCUUCAGGAAGCCCAGAAUUGAUCCGGAGUUUAGGGAGACCGCCUUUAAGAUCUGGGGCAGUUUCUUGAACCGCCUGAAUCGCCGCGGAGUUUUGUAUCAGCCCCAUCUUCCGGAGGAUCCGAACGUCUGGACCAUCAUCCCGGAAUUGGAAUACAAGUUGAUCCAGACUGUGCCGUUUACGCCUCCGGUCAUUAAGUCGAAAUCAAACUCAAAGUUGGGCAAGAUUGAGGUGUUUAACUUUAGCGCAGAUCCCGUUGGAUUGCGCACGGCGGCGGUUACCACGGACGAUGGCGGUGAUGAUGUUGAAUUCGAAGGUGAAUAUGGAGCAGCCAGCACUGCUGAACAAGAAAUCGAGGGAUUGCGGACGGAUGGUACGACUAUGGAGAAUAUCGUGCACAAACAGGACACGGAGAGUACACAGCAGGAGGCAACAGGCCUUGAGAAGGAUCGUUUGCCUUAAAAGCAUGCCGAUGGCUAUACUCGUAAACCUUUUUUUUUUGUUUUUCUUGUACAUUACAAGCAUGUUUUGAUUGUCGUAUUUUUUAAAAAGUUAUUCUCAGGGAGUAAACGCAUUUUUUUCCCACCGGAGUCCGUCUUUUCGUCCGUUCAUUUCUGCACUUGCUCAUAGCCAAGACAGUGCUGCUUUGCACCUAUGCCCAGCGAUGUUGUACGACGCGUCCUCUUUUUUUUUAUUUUUUUUUUUUUAAG